CCUUUUCACAGCAGUCCCCAUUUGUCCUCAGCACUGCCUCGAACGUUUCGCCGCUUCACAAUCUAUGCGUGUCUAUAGAUGUGAACAGAUAGUCGAAAUACUGUAUUCUUUGAUCUUUUCAAGCCCAAAUUUGACCCUGCUGUUUCUCAUCACACUUGAAUGUCAUCUCGAAUGGGAGACCAGCAGGCCACGACGGUGUCUGUUAUGCUCAACAAAUGUCACACGAGAUAAACCACAUCGGCUGCCAGCUAACCCAGUGGUCACUUCUGGAGUCACCGCACUGCCGCCCUACGUAGGCAGGCAAUGGUCACAGCCAUCACCACCAACAGAUCCAACAGGUCCCAUCUACUCUUCCUCACCCGUGAAAUAUCCCGAGUCUCUUCCCUCCCUCUCUUGAAGCCGAUUCUCAGCACCAGCCUGCCUCUCAUAGUGGCUCCUCAGACGUGGGGACGCACUAGCCCACGUCGCCGCGCAUUGCAUGUAUAGCUCGUCUGAAAUGCAUAAGCACGAGCCCAGAACAAGGAGCCACGAUGAUUGACCCUCUGUUGAGAAUCAGUCUAUUCCUGACCACUUACUGAAUUCGGCCUCCGAUAUGUGACGAC